UUCUGGGAGAGAUCGCAGGGAAGGGUGCGUGUGACAGGGGAAAAUUGGGGGCGUUUCGCGGGUUUUGUGGUCGCCGUGGGUGUGCGGUGCUUUGAUCCUGUGUUGUUGUAUCAGGUGACACCUCAGUGGUGUUAUUGUGCAUCUGCCUAGACUAUCAUAGCUGGCUGAGCACUUUGUGUUUGUCAAAGAUGUGCGGUUGAGGUCGUCAGAUUGAAGUUGAAGUGGACGUUGAAGUGUGCAAACUGGGAGAAAGAGUUUGGCUACUAAGUGAUGGUGAUAGUGCUCAAGUGAGGUGGACAUGAUCUAAAAUUAAUUAUCUUGAUGCGGUUAGGGUGGUGGUCAACAGGCUCAAACAUAAUUGAGUAAGGAUGCUAAGUUGAUCCCAGCCAGACUGAGACAGUAAAGAUGGGUGAGAUGUUGGCCUCGGCAGCAUUCCUCCAUAUGGGGGACAUUGUAUCCCUGUAUGCCGAGGGCAGUGUCUGCGGCUUCAUCAGCACUCUUGGGCUGGUGGAUGACCGCUGCGUGGUGCAGCCGGACGCCGGCGACCUGCAGUUUCCGCCCAAGAAGUUCCGCGACUGCUUAUUCCGCAUCUGCCCGAUGAACCGGUACUCUGCGCAGAAACAGUUCUGGAGCGCCGCUAAACAGGCGGCCUCCGGCACGGACACGUUCAUGAUCAAACGACUGCACCACGCCGCGGAAAUCGAGAAGAAGCAGAACGAGAGCGAGCACAAAAAGCUGCUGGGAACAAUAAUCCAGUAUGGCAGCUGUAUACAGUUGCUGCACCUUAAGUCCAACAAGUACCUCACCGUCAACAAACGCUUACCAGCGCUGUUGGAGAAGAACGCCACGCGCGUCUACCUGGACGCUGCCGGCAACGAGGGCUCGUGGUUCUACAUCGCGCCGUUCUACAAGUUGCGCAAGGCCGGCGACCAGGUGGUGGUUGGUGACAAGGUGAUGAUGGGCGCCGGCCAGACGAGCCAGGUGCUGCACGCGGCCGCCAACCACGACCUGCCCGACAACCCCGGCUGCAAGGAGGUGAACGUGCUGAACGCCAGCACCUGCUGGAAGAUCUCGCUGUUCAUGGAGCACAAGGAGAACCUGGACACGGUGCUCAAGGGCGGCGACGUGGUGCGGCUCUUUCACGCCGAACAGGAGAAGUUUCUCACGGUGGACGAGCACCACGGUCGGGAGGUGGUGUUCCUGAGAACCACCGGCCGCGCCACCACCACCUCGGCCACCAGCAGCAAGGCGCUCUGGGAGGUGGAGGUGUACAACGUGGACCGAUGUCGGGGCGGCGCCGGCCACUGGAACUCGCUGUUCCGCUACAAACACCUGGCCACCGGACAGUACCUGGCGGCAGAGGUGGACAGCGACGACACGCCCGACGCCAACCGAGACAAACUCAGCGGCGGUGGUCCUGUGUACCAGCUGGUGCCAAUGCAGAGCUCUAACGACUUACAGACCAUCUUCGAGCUGGACCCGACGGUGUACACGCGUCCCGAGUCUCACGUGCCGCGCUCGUCGUACGUGCGACUGCAGCACUUCACCACCAAGGCGUGGGUGCACUCUACCUGCAUACCGAUCGACAAGGAGAGCGAGAGGCCAGUCAUGUCCAAGGUCGGCCUGGCUGCCGUCAAGGAGGACAAGGAGGCGUUCGCUCUGGUACCCGUGUCCGCCCAGGAGGUGCGCGACCUGGACUUUGCCAACGACGCCUGCAAGGUGCUGCAGGGCUUCAGCGAAAAACUGGAGACCGGGAUGAUCACCAACAACGAGCGGAAGAUGGUGAUCCAACUGCUGCAGGACAUCAUCUACUUUAUCGCCAUGCGGGAGACGGAGCAGAACCGCACUGACGCGCUGGACCUGGUGAUCAGACACCCGAACAGGGACCGGCAGAAACUGCUCCGAGAACAGUCCAUCAUCGACUACAUCUUCAAAAUACUGAGGGUACCGUCGUUCGGUGAGCAGCAGAACAGCGACGCGCCGUUCCUACGGCUGGACGAGCUGAGCGACCCGCGGCAUCUGCCCUACAAGAAUAUCUUCCGGCUCUGCUACCGAAUACUCAGGCUCAGCCAGCAGGACUACCGCAAAAAUCAGGAGCACAUCGCCAAGCACUUCGGCUUCAUGCAGAAGCAGAUCGGGUGCGACAUUCUGGCUGAGGACACCAUCACGGCUCUGCUGCACAACAACAGGAAGCUGCUCGAGAAACACAUCACCGCCAACGAGAUCGAGACGUUCGUCGGUCUGGUGCGCAAGAACAUGAACAAGUGGGAGCCGCGCUACCUGGACUACCUGUCUCACCUCUGCAUCUCAAACAAAGUCGCCAUCGCCGCCACCCAGGAGCUCAUCUGCAAGUCGGUGCUCAGCCCCAAGAACUCGGACAUUCUCAUACAGACACGGCUGCAGCGUCAGCCGAUGGAGGUGGAGGUGGUGGUGGAGAACGGCGACGACAGCUCCGAGCCCGUGCUCACCGUGGAGGAGGUGGAGGACGUCGAGCUGGAGGGAGGCCACGGACAGUUCUGUCGCCUGAUCUCGGAGCUGGCGGCCGGUGCGCGCAGCGGGAAUAGUGAGGACAGACACAUCCUGGAGUACUACCGGCACCAGCUGGAUCUGUUCUCCAACAUGUGUCUGGACCGACAGUACCUGGCCAUCAACAGCCUGUCGCCCCACCUCGGCAUCGACCUCAUACUCAGAUGUAUGUCGGACGAGACGCUGCCGUUCGAGCUGCGCGCGUCCUUCACGCGUCUGAUGCUGCACAUGCACGCCGACCGCGAUCCGCAGGAGCAGGUCACCACGGUCAAGUACGCGCGGCUCUGGUCUGAGAUCCAGACCAGUAUGACCAUCAGCGACUACGACAGCAGCCGGACGCCGUCCGACAGUCGCGAGGAAGUCUGCGCCCGGUUCGGAUCCACCAUGGACUUUGUCGAAAACUACCUCUGCAACGUGGUCAACCGCAUGUGGAGCUUCUCCGACCCGGAGCAGAACAAACUCACCUUCGAGGUGGUUAAGCUGGCGAUGAAGCUGAUCUACUUCGGCUUCUACAGCUUCAGCGACCUCCUGCGGCUGACCAAGACGCUGCUGAGCAUCCUGGACUGCAGCACGGAGAGCCUGCACGGCGGCGACUCUCCGAGCAGCGCCGAGAUCAGCGGCAAGAGCGGCGUGCUGAAGUCUCUGACGGACAUGGGCCAGGUGAUGACACAGCUGACACUAGGCAGUAACGCCGCGCGCAGCGGCAGCCUGAGAAAGGCGGCCACCAAACGAGAGGACACGCUCGUCAUGGACAUCAAACUGAACAUCAUCGAGAUACUGCAGUUCAUCAUGGACGUGCGUCUCGACUACCGGAUCAGCUGCCUGCUGUCCAUCUACAAACGCGAGUGGGACAGCGUGUUCGGCGGAGACAGACCGGUGCGCGGACCGCGCGUGGACGAGCGCAUCGCCGUACAGGCCGAGGACAUCUUCGGUGGCGGGGAGGACAGCGGUAGCGAGCUGGACCUGGACGGACGGAGCGGCCGCGUCUUUCUGCGGGUUCUGCUGCACCUCACCAUGCACGAGUACCCGCCGUUGGUCUCUGGCGCGCUCCGGCUGCUCUUCCGGCACUUCUCCCAGCGGCUGGAGGUGCUGCGCUCCUACACUCAGGUUCAGCUGCUCGUCUCCGACGCAGACGUGGAGUCGUACAAACAGAUCAAAUCCGACCUGGACUCGUUCCGACUGCUGGUCGAAAAGUCUGAGCUCUGGGUGUACAAGGCCAAGUGUGACGAGGCGGACGCGGCCGGCGCCGGCAAGGAGGAGGAGCUGGAUGAGGUAAAACCGCCGCCGCCGCGCGUCCUGCUGCGCGACACGCACCGCCAGGGCUCGGCGAUCGACCUCGACAUCGGCCCCAAGGUGGAGGCCGAGCAGGCCAAAAACUACAAGACUCUGCAGCAGAUUCUGCGGCGGAUGAACAAGCUGUGCAUCGAGAACUCUAGUGGCCAGGUGCGGCGCAGGAAGGACGAACAGCGUCUUUUGAGAAACAUGGAGGUGCACAAGGUGGUCCUCGACCUGCUCCAGAUUCCGUACGACCAGAAGGAGGACGUCCGGAUGAACGAGCUGAUCCGGCUGGCGCACGAGUUUCUGCAGAACUUCUGUCUGGGCAAUCACCAGAACCAGGAGCUGCUGCACAAACGUAUCGACCUCUUCCUCACGCACGAGUUGCUGGAGGCACAGACGGUGUGCGCCAUUUUCCGCGACAACUCGGCGCUGUGCAACGAGGUCUCCGAGCAGGUGAUCCAGCACUUUGUCAACUGUAUCGAGACGCACGGCCGGCACACACAGUACCUGCGCUUCCUGCAGACCAUCGUCAAGGCCGAGGGACAGUUCAUCCGCCGCUGUCAGGACAUUGUCAUGCAGGAGCUGGUGAACGUCGGCGACGAGGUGCUCAUCUUCUACAACGACAAGGCCUCCCGGGCCGUGCUGCUGGAUCUGAUGCGUUCGGAGCGCGAGCGCAUGGACGAGGCGUCGCCGCUGCGGUACCACAUGGAACUGGUGAACCUGCUGUCCAACUGCACCGAGGGCAAGAACGCCAGCACCGAGAUCCAGUGCCACAGCCUGCUGCCGCUCGAGGACAUCGUGGCCAUCGUGCAGCACAAGGACUGCAUCCCGGAGGUGAAGGAGGCGUACAUCAAUUUCCUGAACCACUGCUACAUCGACACGGAGGUGGAGAUGAAGGAGAUCUACACGUCGCAGCACAUCUGGACGCUGUUCGAGAAGUCCUUCCUGGUCGACAUUGCCAUCGUGGCCAACUCGCCGCAUGACAAGAAACACGCCGACUCGGUGAUGGUCAACUACGUGACGUUGUGCAUGAUGAACAUCAUCACCACUUUCUUCAAGAGCCCGUUCUCGGACCAGAGCACCACAGUGCAGAGGCGCCAGCCGGUGUUUGUUCGCCUGCUGCAAGCCGUGUACCGGCUAUCUCAGGUCGGCUGGCUCCAGCCGCAGCAGCGACACUGGGUCGACACCUGCGUCCAGACGCUGGCGGAAGUCGCCAAGAGUCGCGGUAUCGCCAUUCCCAGCGACCUGGAGGUGCAGGUCCAGGCCAUGUUCUCCCGAGUGGCGAUGGUGAACCGGCAGUCCAACAAGUGGCUCCAGAUGAUAAGAGGACCCAAGCGGGAGGUGUCCUCCCAUCAUUUGACGGCCCGUGUGGAUCACCGGAUCCUGGAGGGGUUCCACGACAUCGUGGCCACGCUGGAGGACCACCUGAAGCCGCUGGUGGACGCCGAAAAGUCUGUGCUCGUCGACAUCCUCUACCGGCCCGAGCUGCUCUUCCCGCCAAACACCGAGGCGCGCCAAAAGUGCGAGGACGGCGGCUUCAUCUCACGCCUAAUCCGACACACGGAACGGCUGCUGGGCAACACGGACGAGGGCCUCUCAGGGACGCAGGAACUGCGCAUCAAGGUCCUCCAGACGCUCAGGUCGAUGAUGUCCAAAGACGCCAACUACGGAGAAAAGGGUGACAAGCUGCGUCUGUCGCUACUGGAGCGCUACUUCGGUAACCUGCGCACCAAGUCGUCGGGCUGCUCGUCGGGCGGCGCUGGCUCCUCUGCCGCACAGCGUGUCUCCUCUGGAGGUACGCUGCUGCCGCGGGCCGGUAUGACCAUGUCGGAGGUGCAGUGCCACCUGGACCGCGAGGGCGCCAGCACGCUGGUCAUGGAGCUGGUCACCCGCUCGGCGGCCAGUCACGAGAUCUUCACCGAGGCUGUCCACCUGGGCAUCGCGCUGCUCGAGGGCGGCAACCCGGACAUCCAGAAGAGCAUGUUCACCACGCUUAUCAGCCGCGACAGCACCCGGCAGGCCUUCUUUAAGGUGUUCUCGGAGAAGAUGCGGGGCGCCCAGAUCGAGAUCAAGAACACGGUCAUGGUGAACACGGCCGACAUCACGGCCAAGACGGCCGAGGAGCAGCAGGGCCGCGAGCACGAGCGACACCAGAAGCCGCGCCGCCUCACACCGCGCGCCAACGGGCUCACCGUCACAGACGAGCUGCGCCACGAGCUCAACGACGCGGCGCGCAGCACCCAGCAGGCCUACCACAAUGUGCGCAGCACCAUUGAAGGUGACGAGUCGGAGCCCUGUCUGACGCCCUCGUCUGACGCGCUGGUUGAUAUGCUGGCGGAGCGCGCCGACCGCGUCAAGGAGAAGCAGGACGACAACGCGCUGUCGGCCAAAGUGAUGGUGAUGGACCCGAUCCUGCGCUUCCUGCAGCUGCUCUGUGAGAACCACAACGCCGACCUGCAGAACUUCCUUCGUGACCUGAGCAACAAGGGCAAGUGCAGUCUGGUCUCCGAGACGCUGAUGUUCCUGGACUGCAUCUGCGGCUCGACCACGGGCGGCCUGGGCCUGCUCGGCCUCUACAUCAACGAGCACAACGUGCACCUCAUUGUGCAGACACUCAAAACGCUCACCGAGUACUGCCAGGGUCCCUGUCAUGAGAACCAGAACUGCAUCGCCACCCACGAGUCCAACGGGCUGGACAUCAUCAUCGCGCUCAUCCUGAACGACAUCAACCCGCUGGGCAAGACGCGCAUGGACCUGGUGCUGGACCUGAAGAACAAUGCCUCCAAGCUGCUGCUGGCCAUCAUGGAGUCGCGGGCCGACAGCGAAAACGCCGAGCGCAUCCUCAGCAACAUGAACCCCAAACAGCUGCUGGACGUGGCGUGUCGCGCCUACUACCAGGACGGGCUGGUUGAUGAAGCAGAGGAUGACCCCGCCGACGGUGACGACGGCGUCUCCCCGCGAGAGGUGGGGCACAACAUCUACAUCCUGUGCCACCAAUUGUCGCAUCACAACCGCGACCUGCAGACUCUGCUGAGGCAGACAGAGAGCCUCGACACCAAGAUGUCGCGCGCACUGGAGUACUACCGAACACACACGGCCCAAAUCGAGAUCGUGCGCUCGGAUCGAACCAUGGAGCAGAUCGUGUUCCCGAUCCCGGAGAUCUGCGAGUACCUGACCAAGGAGACCCAGACGCGCAUCCACACCACUGUGGAGCGGGACGAGCAGGGCUCCAAGGUGCAGGGAUUCUUCGACCAGUGCGACUACCUCUUCGACGAAAUGAAGUGGCAAAAGAAACUCAGAGGUCAGGCGCUGCUGUUCCGGAUCAGCAACUACAUGAGCCUGUGGUCUCACGUGCUGUUCUUCCUGGCGGUCAUCAUCAACAUGCUGGUGGCGGUCAGCUAUCCCUUCACCGACGACUGGCCCAGCCGCCCACCCCACUCUGAUUCAGACGUGGGCAGCUGGAUGCCGUUCACGUGGGCGGCGACGUUCGUGGCGGCCGCCGGCGCCUUCUGGUUCCCCGGCGGCAUCUCCUUCAUGCUACUUUUCCUCUGCGUGCUCUGCAUAUUCAUAUUCAGCGCCGGACUCGAGUCCGUCAUAUUCAUCGUCGGCCUAAUCAAUCUGGUAUUUAAGGGCAUCCACGUGGCCAGCAUCAUGGGCAACAAGGGCUCGUUCGGGAAGACGUUUCGACAACGAGUCUCCGACUACGAGCUACUCUACCACUUUGCCUACUUCGUAGUGUGCGUGCUGGGGCUGUCGCACUGUUUCUUCUACUCUGUGCUGUUGUUCGACGUGGUGUACCGCGAGGAGACGCUGCUGAACGUCAUCAAGUCUGUAACCAAGAACGGCAGGUCCAUCCUGUUGACGGCAGUGCUGGCGCUCAUCCUCGUCUACUUGUUCUCCAUCAUCGGCUUCAUUUUCUUCCAAGACGACUUCGUGGUGCCCGUCAGCCUCAACGUGCGCGCAGACAUGCCGGACGGAGCACUGGAGUCGGCCGCUGCCGGCAGCGGCUCCGGCUGGUGUGAGGACGAGACGUCGUGCGCGCCCGAGGAGCACCCCGCGCUCAAAUACACCCGACCGGAGGUUUUGGACGAGCCGCCGGGCGGCGAGGAGCUGCGGGAGCGCGCCUGCGAGACGCUCAUGAUGUGUAUCGUCACCACACUGAACCAGGGCCUCCGCAAUGGCGGCGGUAUCGGAGACGUGCUGCGCGCUCCCAGCAGCAAGGACCCGCUGUUCACGGCUCGCGUCAUCUACGACCUGCUGUUCUUCUUCAUCGUCAUCAUCAUCGUGUUGAACCUCAUCUUUGGUGUCAUCAUCGACACGUUCGCCGACCUCAGGAGCGACAAACAGCAGAAGGAGGAGAUCCUGAAAAACUCCUGCUUCAUCUGCGGUCUGCAGCGGAGCGAUUUCGACAACAAGUCUGUGACGUUUGAGGAGCACGUGCAGAGCGAGCACAACAUGUGGCACUACCUGUACUUCAUCGUCCUCAUCAAGGUGAAGGUAUCGACAGAGUUCACCGGGCCCGAGAGCUACGUCUACAACAUGGUACAGGAGAAGAACCUGGACUGGUUUCCGCGCAUGCGCGCCAUGUCGCUAACCACCGGCGAGGCAGAGGGCGAACAGAGCGAUCUGCGCAGUCUGCAGCACAAGCUGGACGCCACCAUGGGGCUGGUGAAGACCCUGUCCGAUCAGCUGGCGGAGCUGCGCGAUCAGAUGAGCGAGCAGCGGAAGCAGAAGCAGCGGUUCGACCUGCUGCAGCCGGGCCCGGCGCUGCCGCAGCCUACCGACGCCGCCAACCACCUCUAGAGCCUGCUGCACGUGCUGUGUCGCCGGCGGCGGCGGCGCGGCCGCUGCUCCAGGGAUGGGCCGGCGGCGGACGGGGAGGGCUCCGACGCCGAGUGGACGGCCGCCGCCUCCGCGCGGCCCCGCGGCGGCGCCGAGGUCUUCUCAGGCCCCGGCGCCGAGAGCUUCUCAGGCCCCGACGCGAAGAUCGUCUCAGGCUCCGACCGGAUGGACGCGGUGGAAUAGAGCGGCGGGACGGAGCGGCCGUCUCCAGUGAUAUCAGGCAGCUGAGCACCGGCGUCACACGCCGUGCUCGUGACGUAACGAGACGUGACGCGACGUGAACCAACUCCUGCAGCAGACUCAGAGACGUUCGUCACUUCGAGAACGUCCGACAAUCACUCGUUAAUGUCCGUAUACGGAUACUGCCGCUGGGUUGAAGUGGUUCACCUUCCUUAGUAUGUGCCGAAAGACAUAAUUAGUCUCUCUAUGUGCGUGCGCUCGCCUGUGGUGCUUCAUUUCAUCCGAGUCUAGUGUGUGAAGGGCUGAGUUAUAUGGAGGUAAAGUGGGCCGGCUCUUUUCCCGUAUGAGUCAGUUUAUGUGGUAAUCGGUGGCAGGCCAGCUCAGCUGAGGGAGCAGAGGUCACCGACAGAGUAUUUAUUGAAGCUGGCCGGCCCGGUGGGGACAUGUGUGACCUGUGAGCCUGUGUUUGAAGGUGCGGGGAGGGACGGGGAACCGAUGGCAGCUGGUGCGGAUCGGUGCAGUGUGGUACCGGGCCGGUACGGGCCGCCGCGUCUCUCUGUGCAGGAGUUUGGCCGCCGGGCUCCCGCCGCAGGACGGAGUGCCGGCUGGUGUUGUUACGAGCCCUUGUGUCUGACGGUCGUAUUUUGAGAGCGAGGCCAAUCAGUGCGUUGUUACGGGCCUGUAAGAGGAUUCUAUGACAUGUGUUGCCACUGGAUGAUGGUGUGUACGAGUGCGUUGUUAUUUAGUGAUGCGGAUGUCUCGUUGUUACCGCGCGGUGUGUUGUGUGGCCUCUCUGAGCGGUGUGAGGACUGUGUCCGUCCCGUCGUCUGUAGCCGGGGACGGAGCGAUCGCCGUCUAUCCGGCUGGUGAACCGAAGGAGGUGAGCCGCUCCGCUCUCCGGCCUACUGACACCGGCCGAGCGGGCCCUCCGCCGGCGCAGAUACGCCCGACAUCUGUCCGUCGGGGGCCCGCUCAGAGGACAGGUGUGGAGAGAGAGAGAGAGAGAGAGAGAGAGAGAGAGAGAGAGAGAGAGAGAGAGAGAGAGAGAGAGAGAGAGAGAGAGAGACCGCGCCUAGCAGCGCCUGUAGUCAGCUAUAACCUGUUGCGAUUCCUAACAGCGUUUAUCAUGUGUUGUGUUUUGAUCAAAGGUGCAGAGUUUAUCGGCACGCCCCUGUGUAGGAGGGUGCUCUUGUUGUAGGGCAGUGGGGCUCUGUAGGCAGCCAGCCAGUUCCCCGGGAUAGGAGCGGCAGAGGACUCCCAGACGCUCGGAACGCACAGGCGCCGGCUCCUACCAUUGUCUUCGUUGUCAUGUUGAAAUAAAAUUUACGUAUGUUUUGA